AUGGACAGAGGUGAACAGUUGGUUGAACAACUGUUCUUUUCAAAUAAGAAGCAGCCUGAAAACUUCGAGAAAUUUGAAGAGCUACUAAAUCUGUUUUGGGCAAACAAGGCACUCUCCUUUAAGAUUUCCAGCAUAGAAGUUUUUCAAAAAUGCAUUGAAUUAUUAUUUGAUACUCGUUAUGAGGAUGCCAGAAGAAAUGCGCUUUGGGCCAAAUUUAUCAACGUGAAAUGUGAGCCAACUUUUAAAGUAGAGUCACAAACGGAUCAUAUCAUUCUAAAAAGUUUAUUAAACAGGGCCACACUUUCAGGAGAACAAGAUGAAUGGAAACUUGUUCUCUUUUUUAUAGAGGCAGUAAAAAUUUGUCAGAAGCUGAAAUCACAAAUUAUUGCAACGGUAAAGGAACUAUACAAGGAAAAUGACGAAAUAUUUGAGGAAAUAUCUAAUUUUCAACAAUUAGUUUUACUACUGAAAUUAAUCUAUUUGUGUUCCACCAAGACUGAUCUUAUCGAAUUGAAAUUAACAUUCUUUCUACCCUUGAAAAACAACCAUAAUUUGACAAACAAUUUGGUCAAUAUCAUACUUUCCAAUUUUUCAAAGUCCCUCACAAAUGUUUAUAAACUAAAGGAAAUAAAUUAUGGAACAACAGAUCAAAUUGAGAAUUAUAAUUCUAUAGAAUUGCUACAUACACUUUCCAGCACGUCGCCCUUCUGUUUGAUUCAGAGUAUCCAUAAUAAAAUCUACAUUUGGGGAUGCAAUAAUAUAUGCCUUGUUGUCUCUAAAAAUUCCUUUGAAGUAGUGAAAGAUCUCAAAAAUAAUCUUACUUUGUUCAAUAAAGAGAAGGGUCUAGGAAUGGAUAUCAUUACAAUUGGAAAAAAGAGUAAUUUUAACGCUGACCCUAAAAGAAUCAAAUGGCUACAAUUCCGAUUCAGUGAUAUUCAGACAGCUGAUAAUUUUUUUUACUAUAUGACAAAUUUGCCUAAGAUAAGUAAAUCGAAAACCUAUCUAAGACUCAAUUACACUGCAGAUUAUGAUGACGACGAGAAUGCUGCUGUCCCUUCUGACCAAACUAAUGACGCUACCCAACUACAGACACCGGAACAAUCAGGAGAAUGGGAUUUCGCAUCAUCUAAACCCUGUGCUACGAACAACCCAACUGUGAAACAGUCACUUCCUGCUGCUGCUGCCGCCACUACUACGACCACCAUUACUGCUACUACUACUAAUACCGCUGCUGCUACUGGAAAAGAUAAGAAUAUUAGAAGAGAAUUUGAUGACAGACAACCUUCUUUAAUGAUUACUAAAUGCGUUCAUAAACCUAAAACGAAAAAUAUAACAGCAACGUCCAAAUCAAUUGGAGAGAAAGAUAUUUGCCUUUUGAAUACGAUUUUUGGGCAGACAAACAAAAAACCCUUAAAGAAGCCAAAAUUAACUGGAGAUCAAACUUCGAAGAAAAAUUCUGUAACCCAAAGAACGUUGAAAAUCUUCAAACCAGUUGUAGAGAUUCCUACUCAGGAACCGAAGGAUGCAGACCCUGGGGAAAACGAACUGGAGAAAGUUCAACCUAUUGUAGAAAAUAAAGAUACUCCCUCCAGUCGAACAAGAGGUUUCCAUAAAAGGGAAAAUCUUGAAAAAAAUGUGACAUCGACACCGAAGAAAAAGUGCAUAACUAAGAAGAAGCUAGCCGCCGAUAAACCGACCUUUGAACAGGAGCCCGCUGCGUAUUAUGAAAAAGCACAUAUGCUAAAACCAGACCAAUCUUUAGAUAAUAUUAUCAAGACAUCAGUUGUUAAAGCACAAAACAACCAACCUUUAAAGCUACAGAAUAAUAUCAAUGAUUCUACCACAAUACUCAAUGCGUCGUCCUCUUCGUUUCUUAACAAAAGUGUGGAAUCAAUACUAACAGAGAGCUUACAGAAACAAAUUUUCAACUCAAUUGCUACUUUUUCUAAUGACUUGAUUGACAAGAUAGAUUUGAUUAAUAACGAGCUCAAUAAUAAGAUCUUGAAAGAAUUAUCUUCAAAAUACGAGCUACUUAUCAAUAAGUUGCAACAGGACUUCAAAAACGACACUGAGGAAAUCAUAUCCUUCGUUUCUGAAAUCAAGACAAUGUUGAAUCUACCGCAGGAUCAAAUAAUAAAACUCAUCAACGAGAAGCACUUUGCUGAGAGCCAUAAUAUAUGA